AUGGAUGGUGCAGAGCUGAGCUGGUUGGAGAAUCACUCCCUUCCCCUUCCCCUGGGCUCUGCUCAAACCCCUGAGCUCAGAGCCGACCUCCUCGGCAGGAAAGUUUCCUGCCUGCAGCUGGCAGCCAUGCGGAACGCGAACCUCAUCCUGCAGCACUACAACUUCACAGGCAGGCUGAGCAACCGGCGCCCCGGGGCCGAGGGGCUGGGUCUGCUCCGCACCGUCUUCGCCAUCAUCAGCUGCAGCAUCAUCCUGGAGAACCUGCUGGUGCUGCUGGCCGUCCUGCGGUGCCUGCGCGCCCGCCGCUGGGUCUACUCCUGCAUCGCCAGCAUCACCCUCAGCGACCUGCUGGCAGGGGUCGCCUACCUCUGCAACCUCUGCCUGUCGGGGGGCAAAACCUUCCAGCUCUCGGCCCAGCUCUGGUUCCUGCGGGAAGGGAUCCUCUUCGUGGCGCUGGCCGCCUCCACCUUCAGCUUGCUGGUGACGGCGGUGGAGCGCUACAGUGCCAUGGUGAGGCCGAUCGCGGAGAACGAAGCCAGCAAGACCCUGCGGCUGCGCGGCCUCAUCGUCGCCUGCUGGCUGCUGGCCUUCCUCCUGGGGCUGCUUCCCCUGCUGGGCUGGAACUGCCUCUGCGACCUCGACGCCUGCUCCGUCCUCCUGCCCCUCUACUCCAAGAACUACAUCCUCUUCUCCGUGCUCAUGUUCAGCAUCAUCCUGCUGGGCAUCGUCGGCGUCUACAUCUCCAUCUUCCAGCUGGUCCAGGCCAGUUCGAAGCAAACCAGCUCUCGGCACAGCCGCAGGCGGUCCCUGCGCUUGCUCAAGACGGUGCUGAUCAUCCUGGGUGCCUUCAUCGUCUGCUGGAGCCCCCUCUUCGUCCUGCUGCUCUUGGAUGUCUUCUGCGAGAGCCGGAGCUGCGCGGCGCUGCACAGCCUGGACUGGCCCUUGGCUCUGGCCAUGCUGAACUCGGCCAUCAACCCAAUCAUUUACUCCCUGCGGAGCGUGGAGGUGCGGCGAGCUGUGGGGAACCUGCUGUGCUGCUGCUGCCUCAGGGCUGGGCUCUGCAAGCCUGGCAGCUGCUUGGUGAUCCCAGACAUCAACUCCGGCUCGUCCACCGAGAGCUCCCUGCGCUACCGGGAGAGCUUCCGCAGCUCCCUCGCCCCGAACGCCCGGCCCAGGGCGCCUCUGUCCAGCAACUCCAGCAUGAUGAGCAACCUGCCCAGCCUCUGA